AUGCCAAUCUCCAGCCUCAAUGCAGUAAAGAGGAUGAUUCUGGUUCUGGACCUGGACGAAACGCUGAUCCACUCUCACCACGACGGGGUCCUCAGACCCACAGUGAGACCUGGCACGCCGCAAGACUUUAUAUUUAAAGUCAUCAUUGAUGAGCACCCAGUCAGAUUCUUUGUACAUAAAAGGCCACAUGUUGACUUCUUUUUAGAAGUGGUGAGCCAGUGGUAUGAGCUGGUGGUUUUCACAGCCAGUAUGGAGAUCUAUGGCUCAGCAGUGGCAGACAAACUGGACAACAACAGGAGCUUCCUGAAACGCAGAUACUACAGACAGCAUUGUACAUUGGAUCUAGGUAGUUAUAUUAAAGACCUGUCUGUAGUACACAACGAUCCGUCCAGUAUUGUCAUCCUGGACAACUCGCCUGCUGCUUAUCGUAGCCAUCCAGACAAUGCAAUACCCAUCAAGUCCUGGUUCAGCGACCCUAGUGACAGAGCACUUCUUAACUUGCUGCCUAUGCUGGACGCACUAAGGUUCACUGCUGAUGUGCGCUCCAUCCUUAGUCGAAACCUCCACCAGCACCGACUCUGGUGA